UUUCUGAAUAAAUUAGUUUAGGUUUGUAGUUCUAUCAGGAUGUCUUUCAGCCUACUGUAAACAUCUGUAAUGACUGCAACAACUGAGCAAGACUACAUUGAAAGGAAGGGAAUAUUUUUUGAAGAAUUCUUCUUGAAUAAAAAGUAUAACAGAUCGUAGAUGACAGUAUGUUGGACAAGUAUAUUGAACGAAACUGUGCGUUACCUGCACAAACGGCGCUUCAUUGCAGCCCUGAGCGUCCUUCAGGUGUUGACGGAAAUUCUACGCAAUUCCACAAAAAUGGUGAUUCGUCACUAAUGCCAACUGAAUUGGAAUUCUUACAACAAUCGAAAACCGGGCAAAUUAACGAUGAUAAAAGAUUAUGCUUUGAGAAUUCUGAAACCACUGAAAACCCCUAUCGGUGCAAUUUUUUCGAAAAAUUCAAUAUGCAAUUUGAUAUAAAAGAUUUGGAUACCUCCCACACAGAUAACUGUACUGAUUCCGUAAAAUUUAUGGAUGAGCGAACAUUAUUUGAAAAGCUGUUUGAGGAGCAAGCAGAGUACGAGCAGUUUUUGGUUGACAAAGCAAAAGAAGAACUUGAGGUGCAAAAACAAGAUUCUGUUACGCAAAUAAUAAAUCAGAAAUCCAUCUCUCCACCUCCGAUGGAUGAUAUGGACAUUAGUGAUAUAAUAUACGAAUUCCGCUCCUCAAGUGAGGAUGAAUCUGGCAGUCAAUGUUUUAAAUGUGGAAUGAAGUUUUUUAGAGCUAUCGAUUUAAAGAGGCAUAGAAGAUAUCACGCUAAAAAACACAUGUCAAAAUCGCGAAGAACUUUUUCUAAAAUUGUAGAUCGCCUUCUGAAAAAUUCAAAAAUCACCAAGUCAUUGUUAUCAAAAAAUUCCAAAAUUGAUGAGUCAUCAUUACACCCAAAUUCAACUGAUGACUCAUUAGAAUUCGUCCAAAAUAGCCAAAAUGGAGAAUCUUCCCCAUUCAAGAUAUUGGAUAUUUCCUCUCUUUGGAAUUGUUUUGUAAAACUUGAAAAGUUAAGAGAUCAUAAAAAAUACCUCUCCAAAUUUGGUGUUUCGUCACAUGAAGAACCAGCUAGUUUGGAACAUGAUAUAAACGAUAAUGUCAAAACAACAUGUGUGCCGAUGGAUUCAAGUCAAGAAAUGGAGAGUAAAAACAAUAAAGUGCCAUCACGUCCGCAGAAAGAAAUGAUAGAAAACCAAAAAACACAAAAUAUUGACGGUGUUUCAAAACCUACUAUAGAUUUAAAUGACAAAAUAACCCAUAAGUCGGAGAAGUUGAAAAUAUUGAGUGAAAAGCAGACAACAAAAAAUAACGACAGUGAGCCCACAAAGAAUGCCAAAAUUACUCAAGAGUCACCCCUGCAGAACGAGAUGGUGGAAAACCAGAAAAUACCAAACAUUGACAGUGUUCCCAAGCCUACUAUAUGUUUGACAACUGCCAGAACACAAAAAUCAGGAAAGCAAAGAAAAUUGGGAGAAAACCAGGUAACACACAAUAUUGAUGACGUUCCAGAACCUACUAUAGAUUCAAAUGCUAAAAUAACUCAAGAUAAAGAGCCAGAGAAGCUGAAAAAAUCAAAUGAAAAGCAGAAAACACGAACUAUUGACGGUGAACCAACUAUUGAUUUGAAUGAAAAAAUAACUCAAAAACCAGAGAAACGAAAAAAAUUAAGCGGAAGCAAGAAAACACAAAAUAAUGUCGAUGAACCCUCUGCAGAUGCGAAUGCCCAGAUAACCCAAAAAUCAGAAAAGCGAAGAAAAUUGAUUGGGAACCAGAAAACGCACAAUUUUGACGGUCUCCCUCAACCUUCUACAGGUGCAAAUGCUGAAACAACUCAGGACUCAGACGUGCAAUCAAGCAAAAAGCAGAAAACAAAAAAUAAUGACGGUGAACCCACCCUUGAUUUAUUUGAAAAAAUAAUUCAAGAGCCAGAGAAACGGAAAAAAUUAAGUGGAAACGAGAAAACACAAAAUAUUGGCAGCUUUCCAAUUACCCAUGACAGUGACAAACAAUGUCAUAUUUGCUAUAAAACGUUCAGUCAAAAGUGUCAGGUCAGAAGACAUUUAAGAAAUGCACAUAGAUCUGACCCAAAAUCUGUAACCACUCAGGAGUCGGAAAAGCAAGAAACAUUGGAUACACAAAAAGAAUCAAGCGAAAUCUGUGAUACACAAAACAAGGACAGCGAUACUACAACUACAACUGACAGCGACUUGCAAUGUCAUAUUUGUAGCGAAACGUUCACUCAGGAAUCUCAUGUCAGAAGACAUUUAAGGGACAUACAUGAAUUUGAUAUAAAUGCAAAUUCUGAAAUAACUCGGCAGUCAGACAAACAAGAAAUAUUGCUUACACGCGAAGAUAUUCAGAAAACACGAAGCGAUGACAGCAUUACAACUGCUGACAGCGGCAUGCAAUGUCAUAUUCAAAAAACAAUUACUCAAAAAUCUCAUGUCAGAAGACAUUUAAGGAAUGCACAUAAUUCUGACCCAAUAUCUGAUACAAACGCAAAUUUAGACAAACAAACAUUGCUUACACAGGAAGAAUCAAGUGAAAUCCGUGAUACACAAAACAAAGACAGGAUUACAACUACUCUUGACAGCGACUUGCAAUGUCAUAUUUGUCGUAAAACAUUUACGCGGAAUUCUCAUGUCAUAAGACAUUUGAGAACCGUACAUGAAUUUGAUAUGAAUGAAUAUGCCAAAAUGACCCAAAAAUCAGACAAACAGGAAGAUCCAGAUUUUGACAGAGUUCCAAUCUCUUUCGACAAUGAUAAGGAAUGCCAUAUCUGUCAUAAAACGUUUAGUCGAAAACGUCAUGUCAGAAGACAUCUAAAUGAUGUACAUAAAUCUAAGCCAAAAUCUGAUAUUAUUGCCAAUUCUGAAACAACUCGAAUGUCAGACAAACAAGAAAUAUUGCUUACACAUAAAGAUUCAAGCGAAAUCAAGGAUACCCAAAACAAAGACAGCAUUACAACUACUCCUAACAGUGACUUGCAAUGUCAUAUUUGUCGUAAAACAUUUAUGCGAAAUUCUCAUGUCAGAAGACAUUUAAGAACCAUACAUGAAUUUGAUAUGAAUGAAUAUGCCAAAAUGACCCAAAAAUCAGACAAACAGGAAGAUUCGAUAGAGAAUCAAGAUUUUGAUGGCGUUCCAAUUUCACCAGACAAUGACAAGCAAUGCCAUAUCUGUCAUAAAAUGUUCGCUCGCAGUCGUAACGUCAGGAGACAUUUGAAGGAUGUACAUAAAAGUGACUGCUUACCUUGUAGUUUAUGCGAUAGGAAAUUUCCUAGAAAGUGUGACUUGAUGAAUCAUAUAAACUAUGUUCAUAAAAAUGAACGCAAAGGUGCUCGGGAUAUUUCUUGUGGUAUAUGUGGAAAUCAAUACUCUUCACAACCGAUUCUUCAAAAACAUAUGAGGAAGCAUUUGAGUAAAAUUGGAAAAUAUAGCUGUAUAAAUGAUAAAAAUGUACAGAAUUGUAUAAAAGAGCCAAACAAUGCUGUAGAGAAUGGCAUCGGUGAGGAAACUGUGGCAACCAGUAUUACGGCAAAUUUUCACAAUGACUGUGAUUCAAGUGUCCACAAACAGGCCCAUGCUACAAAAGAGCACAGCAAUAGAAAAAUUCAAAGUUCUUGUACUAAGGACGAUAUUCCAAAUGAUGAUGAACCUUGUAUACAUCAAGAUGAGUCUUCUGACUUUAAUUGUUCAGACAAUAGCCCUGUUAUUGCUUUACGACCUCAGCGUAAAGACCGCAAUGCUGCUACCAAAAAGCAACUGCUCCUAGACUGGUUAAAGUCAGAUAGAACCAGUCAAAAUCAGAAUUUGAGGGAAGCAGAUGAAAAUGAAGAAGUAACUAGUGAACCAGUAUGCAACAAAGAUUCUAAUGCUGCUACUAAAAGACAACUAUUCACUGUCGACAAGUUAGAACCAGAUAUAACUGGUCUAGACCAGAAUUUGAGGGAAGCAGAUGAAAAUGAAGAAGUAACCAGUGAAAAUGUAUGCAACAAAGAGCAAUGGCACACAGAUGACGGGUUAGAGUCGGAUAUAUCCAGUCAAAACCAGAUUUUUAGCAACACAGAUGGCAAUGAAGAUUCGGCCAGUGAAUCUGUGUGCAAUAUUUUAAACUCUGACCAACGUGAGCCAGCCAAUCAUAUCUUAUCCGAUACCCCUGAAUUACCGACUAUUCCACUUAAUAUUAGAAAGAAAAAACGUAAAAAACAUAUUUGUAUUGCAUGUGGAAAGCGGUUUCGCAAAACAAAAAUUCUGAAACAGCAUAUGGAAAAGGUUCAUUUAGCGAAAGUGCAACCAUUCCAUUGCGAAAAGUGCAAGAAACGUUUUUCAACUUACUCGAAGUUUCGGAAGCACACAAUGAAUGUUCACCCUGAAAAUGAACAGGUUUAUUUCAAUUGUAAACAUUGCAAUCUUACUUUUGCUAAGAAAUCACGACUAAAAAAGCAUAAGAAACACUUUCAUAAAAUCAAAAAACGGUCAAAACAAAGUAAAACCAGGAAAAAUCGCUCUGAAAACAAGACCAGUGCCAAAGAUGCCAAAUCAUGCAGGGAGGAAGAACCUAGUGAUACAAAAAAUGUCAAGUCAUUGGAACUGGGAAGGGAAUCCACAUUUGUAAUUGAACGAUCUUUUGGCGAUGCAGAUAGCAAGUUCCAUGAAAUGGAGCUUUGUAAUAAUAUAGAUUCUUUGGCAAACCCUGACAAGACUUAUUCCAGCACUCAGAAUACUGUAGUACCAGAUUCUGUCAAAAAUAACUUGAACAUUGAAAGUUCGCGGAAUGAAAGUGAAAAAUCAAUUACUCACAAUGUCGAUCUGGACGCCAAAAUUUCUUCUUCAAAUUCAGAAAACACUUCCGGUUCACAAACUUUUAAAAAGAACUUAAGCAGUUACAAUGCUGAUUUUUACAUAGCUAUUUCAAGUUCAGAUAUAGCUAGCGUUGAUUUGGAUGCUGUCGAAGACGUAAGAGAGGUUGGAUCCACAUGCAACUCUAAUUUAGACGAUGAUGAAACAAGUGCUUGUGAAAGCCAAGAUUCAAAUUUGGGUGUCGAGUCAGCAAAGAUGGGAAAGAUCAUCAGAGAUUACUGUUCUUGUGCUUUAUGUAAAAAGACUCUUCAAUUGCCGAAGCUUUCCUAUAAUUCUGCUGAUGAUGUAGAAGAUGGCCAGUUGGAUUUAUCAAAGAUCGCAGAAUCUGACCAAGAUGUAAAUGAGUUUGCCCAAGAUACAGACAGCUCACAAGAAUUAACUUUUUGCAAUGGAAGUGUCAAGGAAUCUCCCAAAACUACUGACACUUUAAAACCUUGUCCAGUUUGUAGGAAAAAGUCAUGUGUGUCACUUAUCUGCGCUCAAGCAAUGGAACAUACCUACAGUUUGAUUACCUCAAAAAAUUUUACUUGGUAGUUCUCGUUAAUUUAAAGACAAUUUUAAAACAAUAUAAGCUUACUGUAAUUCAGUGCUUCUGAAACUUUUUCAGUUCACGACCCACUUUUAUUGCCAUUUUUGCUGUGCAAACCACAAUGAGUCGUUAAUAAAUGAGAAAAGAAACAAUGCAUCCCCAUGCAAUUUACUUUUAAUGCGAAACUUGAUCUUGCAUAUUGGAUAUUUCCAUAUCCAAGCCUGAUAAUGAUGCAUAAUUCUAAUUGUUACGUAAUAAUAAUGCCUGAACUAUUUGAAAACUAUAUGUAACAUUUGGAAAUACUUUGCGAUCCACUUUGAAUAGCUUAGGGCAUGGUGGUCCAAGGUUGUCGGCUCCGCGGGCCACAAAUUUAUUUUUUCAUUGUUCGCGGGCCACAAUAGUGCCAAGAAUAGGUAAACAGAGCAAUACAAAACAAACGCUUUUAUUGUGCAAACACAUAUUUAUCGGACAUAGCCAUCACAGGCUAUUAGAAUCCGCAUUCGAUUAGCAUAUAUUACCGACCAAAAAGAUGGAACGCCAGCUUAUAAUUUAGACUGCCAAGCACAUCAUUCAAUUCGCUAUUUGCCUCAGAUAGCCAUAACACUAGUCAAUUCAGUGACAUAAGUGAUGUAACGAUAUGUCAAAAGGUUUUUUUGAUUAAUUUGAUGACGAAACAACACGAAAUGCGAUUUAUUAAUUACUCUCCGAAUGUGACGCGGGCCUGGGUUUGGACCACCCUGGCUUAGGGAUUGAUGGGGACCAGGGUUAAGAAACUGUGGUAUCACAUAAUUACGACUUCUUCGAUGCCAGUGGUUCUCAAUCUUUCUUUCGUGGCCUAUUUUCAUUGCACAAAAAUUCUCUGGCCUAUUAACAUUUUCAUGCAAUGGAAAAACUACAAUAAAAGCAGAAAACUAUGUCCUCAACAAUAGACUCUUUCACUUUAUUAAUUAGAAUAAAAAUUACCCUUCAGUAACAAAAACAGUAUGAUCGUUUGUUGUCACUACAAUUAAAAUUUAAGUAUGGUGACAUAAAUAAAACUAAAUUUAGCAAUCUGUUUGUGGCCCCACUGGUUUAAGAAUUUGUGCUUUAUAUUAUCCAAAUCCAAAGUUUUCUGUAUUCCUGAUUUUUAUACCAACGUGGAUUUAUAACUCACUAUAGUUCACUAUAUUACCUAAUCGUCUUAAUUUCCCUCCUUUAUAAGGGGAAAAGUUGAAAACCAAUCCAUUUUCUUGGAAUUGAAUUUGUAGACGAUCAUGUUCUAAACAAAUUUUGAUUUGCACUUGUAACCAGACAAGAAAAUGUGCUGUGUGCCAUAUGGCUGAGUCAUUUUUGCUUUAUCUGGGAAAUAUCUAGAAUCCUAUUCAAUCACACUCUAAUUCACUGCCAAUUAUUUUUAUUUCUUUUAUCAGUUCUUUCGUUUUAUUGAAGACUUCUAUCUUUGAUUUGUCAA